UGCUGGAAAUAAAAUAAGAAGAAGAACAAGGAAAAAGCAAAAUGGCGUUUGAUAGAGAAGGUCUAAACGUGGCCAUUAUAGUUCUGUAUUUUUAAUUAGUGUAUACAUGUACACAUGUAUAACGCCUAAGAGAUUAAACAUUAUUAGUAAUUGUUUGUAUUCGGAUACAUUAGUCACUCUGACGCGUCUUGUUCUCGCUUAGCUUGCUAGUUAGCUUAGCUUGUUAGCUGCUAACAAAGACGCAGAAGUUAUCAACACAUCGCUAAGCAGAGAUCAAGUGUGAGUGUAAAGUGUUGUGAUUGUGUGAAAAUGUGCGAAAGAACGAUAGCAGAGUACGAGGAGGAACUUUGUCCAACAAAAGAGGACAAGGAGCGACAUCAUCAACUACUGGACGCUGUUUUCAAGAAACAUCAAGUUGUUUUACACACAACGGACGUCCAGCAGCCCCCCCACAUUAAAGAGGAAGAUCUACAUCCCCCUUGUGUUAAACAGGUGGAGCCAAAGCCAUCCCACAUUAAAGAGGAAGAGGAGGAAGUGUGGAUCAGUCAGGAGGAAGAGUGUCUUCUAGGGCAGGAGGAGGCUGAUCUCACCAAGUUUCCACUGACUGUUGUGUCUGUGAAGACUGAAGACAAACCACCUGAGUCCUCACAGCUUCAUCACAGUUCAAACAUAUGUGAAGAACAUAUUCUCCCUGAGCAGCAGGAAUGGAGCGUCGGGAUGGAGCAGAAAGAGCCACAGCCCUCCCACAUUAAAGAUGAAGACGAGGUGCCAGAGACCCCUCACUUUAAAAAAGAAGAAGAGGACCCACUGACCCCCCAUUUUAAAGAAGAAGAGGAGGCGCCACAGCCCCUGCACAUUAAAGAGGAAGAGCGGGAACACAGUAUUAGUCAGGAGGGAGAGCAUCUUGAAUGGUUGGAGGAGUACCCAGUGAUUGGCGUGAUUGUGAAGAGUAAAGGUAAUGAGGUCAAAGGUGAAAGUGAUAAGAAUAGAGAGUUAGAAUCUCCAAGCAGCAGCUCAACUCAAUACAUGACAACAGAAGCUGAUGGAGACCACUGUGGAGGAUCACAAGCAGACAAGCUCUUAGCUCCACUGUCAGAUAGUGACAACACAACGUCACACUCUCCUGACACUGAUAAGGAAGACUCUAAAGCUGACGCCCAGCAGCCUCCCUACUUUAAAGAGGUAGAGGAGGAGCCACAGCCCCCACAUAUUAAAGAGGAUAAGGAGGAAGUGUGGAUCAGUCAGGAGGGAGACUGUCUUCUGGGGCAGGAGGAGGCUGAUCUCACCAAGUUUCCACUGACUGUUGUCUCUGUGAAGACUGAAGACCAUGAAGACAAACCACCUGAGUCCUCACAGUUUCAACACAGUCCAAACGUAUGUGAAGAACAUAUUCUCCCUGAGCACCAGAAGUGGAGAUUCAGGAUGGAGCAGGAAGCACCACAGCCCUCCCACAUUAAAGAUGAAGACAAAGUGCCAGAGACCCCUCACAUUAAAAAUGAAGAGGAGGACCCAUUGGCCCUCCACCUUAAAAAUGAAGAGGACCCACUGACUCCCCAUUUUACAGAGGAAGAGAUGCCACAGACCCCUCACCUAAAAAAGGAAGAGAAUGAGCCACAACCCCCCCACAUCAAAGAGGAAGAGGAGGAACACAGCAUCAGUCAGGGGGGAGAGCAUCUUAAAUGGUUGGAGGAGUUCCCUGUGAUUGUGAAGAGUGAAGAUGACGGGGUCAAAGGUGAAAAUGAGGAGAAGAGAGUGGUGGAGCCUCCAAGCAGUAGCUCAACUCAACACAUGACAACAGAAGCUGAUGGAGACCACUGUGGAGGAUCACAAGAAGACAAGCUCUUAGCUCCACUAUCAGAUAGUGACGACACAACGUCACACUCUCCUGACACUGAUGAUGAAGACUCUAAAGGUGAUAAGACAUGUCGCACUGACAACACACGCUUUAAGUGUUCUCACUGUAACAAAAUGUUUAAAUAUCAUUGUCGUCUGAAAAGACACUUGAUAAUACACACUGGAGAAAAACCAUUCUCCUGUUCAAGAUGCAACAAAAGCUUUUCUGACCCAUCAGCACUGAUAAAACACAUGAGAACACACACUGGAGAAAAACCUUUUUCCUGCUCAGACUGUGGUAAAGGUUUUACGCAAAAAUUUAGUUUGAAAGUACACAUGCAAAUACACAGCGGGAAAAAAACAUUUUCUUGUUCAAUCUGUGGUAAAAGUUUUGUACAAAGUAAUAAUUUAAAAGUACACAUGAGAAUACACACUGGUGAAAAUCCUUUUACCUGUCCAAUCUGUGGUAAAGGUUUUGUAACAAGUCAAAAUUUGAAAUUACAUCUGAGAACACACACUCGAGAAAAACCUUUUAUCUGUUCAAUCUGUGGUAAAGGUUAUGCAUCUAGUCAAUAUUUAAGACUACACGUGAGAACACACAGUGGAGAAACAGCUGUUACCUGUUCAAUCUGUGGUAAAGGUUAUGUAACGAGUCAAUAUUUGAAAUUACACAUGAGAAUACACACUGGUGAAAAACCUGUUACAUGUUCAGUCUGUGGUAAAGGUUAUGUAAACAAUCAAAGUUUGAAAGUACACAUGCAAAUACACACGGGUGAAAAAACAUAUUCCUGUUCAAACUGCAAGAAAAGCUUUUGUAACCAAGCAAACUUUGUAGCACACAUGAAAACACAUACUGGUGAAAAACAAUAUUCCUGUUCAAGCUGCAACAAAAGUUUUUGUGACCGAUCAGCACUAGCAGCACACAUGAGAACACACACUGGUGAGAAAGAGUUUAGUUGCAGUGAGUGUGGUGAAAGAUUCUCUUAUAAGUACCAGUGUAAGAAACACAAGUGUGCUGGUGAGAACAGCAGCAGCAAAUGAAGUCAAAACUUUGAUCAAUUUUGAAUUUCUAACAACAUCAGCACAUACAGUAUAACAUGAGUGACAUCAUUGUUGUGUGUAUAACACCAUCCGUGCAUCCAUUUUUUUACUGCUUGUCCCUUUCAAACUUGUUAAAAUGCUUCUAACAAUUAUAAGUGAGAUAUUUUAAAUUGAUUCUUGUUUCUCUCAAGUACAUCUUUCAAUAUACAACAUUGUGCACGUUGUUUAUUUGAACUGCAAAGAUGAGUAAACAGUACAAAACAUACUGUAUGUUACAUACAAUAAACAUUUUAUGUGUGUAUAUUUAUAUAUAUAUUAUUCAUAAUUCACUUUUGUACUUAUUCACAAUAAUGUUUUAUUAGGUUUUUAAAAUAUUGAAGUGUUAGAUAUUUUCAUGUCCAACUGUAAAUGGUUCCAUAGAUGAACUCAUUUUAUAUAUUAUACAUAUUUGUUUUACAUGUGUUCAUACCUUUGCUUUUGAGUACACAUAAAUCCCUCUUAGUUCAUACUUACUGGUUCACAUCUGAAACAUCUUCUGGACCACUUCUGGAAGCAUAUUAUUAUUGACUUUAUACAUCAUUUGAGCAGUUUUGUUUUAAACAAGAUCAUUUACUUCUAAUAUGUGAGCCUUUACUCUCUUUUGUAAUGUGAAUAUUGUUUUGUGAUUGUUUUAUAUGUAUGUCCCCAGACCUU